UAGCAGCAGUGACGAGCUUGUGUUAAAUGGCACUCUUGAGUUAUGCGAUGUAUUGAGAGAUUAGCGAAUAUAAAUGGUUAAAGAGGUCUGUUAAGAAAUUAAAAACAUACCGAAUAAUCGAUAAUUCAAAUCUCCCGAGUCUACUAGGCCUAACUAAUUUUCCUUCGCCUUGAGAAAUAAAUUAUUUAUAACCGCAAAAUACGUCAGUGUCAUUUUACAUAUAAAUGAUCUACUAAGAAGGAAAUCAGUGCCACAAGUGCCAAGAAACAACUGCGUAUAUUAAUUUGGCUCUUGAUUGAAUGGUUUGCACCUUCUAAGAAAUCAUGCCUCUGUUCGGAAAGUCUCAAAAGAGUCCGGCGGAGGUUGUGAAGGCUCUGAAGGAGGCUGUGAAUGCUCUGGAACGUGGAGAUAAAAAAGUAGAAAAGGCACAAGAGGAUGUUAGCAAAAAUUUGGUUCAUAUUAAAAACAUGCUCUAUGGUACUGCUGAGGCUGAACCCCAGGCAGACAUUGUUGUGGCUCAAUUAGCACAAGAGCUAUACAACAGUAACCUGCUAUUAUUGCUUGUGCAGAACCUGAGCCGCAUAGAUUUUGAGGGAAAAAAAGAUGUGGCUCAAGUAUUCAACAAUAUUUUACGGAGGCAAAUUGGCACACGAUCCCCAACGGUCGAGUAUAUAUGCACAAAACCCGAGAUAUUGUUUACUCUUAUGUCUGGCUACGAGCAUCAAGAUAUUGCCCUCAACUGUGGGACGAUGCUGAGGGAAUGUGCCCGAUACGAAGCGUUGGCCAAAAUAAUGAUUUAUUCCGAUGAUUUUUACAAUUUCUUUCGAUACGUUGAAGUUUCCACAUUCGAUAUAGCAUCAGAUGCCUUUUCUACGUUUAAGGAAUUACUAACAAGACACAAGAUACUUAGCGCCGAAUUUUUAGAAGUGAAUUACGACAAAGUCUUUUCACACUAUCAAAGGUUAUUAAAUUCAGAAAAUUACGUUACGCGUCGACAGAGUUUAAAAUUACUGGGUGAACUUCUUCUGGACAGACAUAAUUUUACUGUCAUGACCCGGUACAUUUCAAACCCUGAUAAUUUAAAGCUCAUGAUGAACAUGCUUAAAGAAAAAUCACGCAAUAUACAAUUUGAGGCUUUCCACGUUUUUAAGGUUUUUGUUGCUAAUCCAAACAAGCCAAAGCCAAUUCUGGAUAUUCUGCUUCGUAAUCAAGAAAAAUUAAUCGAAUUCCUUACUCGUUUUCAUACGGAUCGUUCGGAAGACGAACAAUUCAAUGACGAAAAGGCAUACCUAAUAAAGCAGAUCAAAGAGCUUAAGUCUGUUCACGAGAACUAAGUUGGAAGUAUUUUAUAAUAUUAUUUUUGCGUAGUUAUGUAAAUAAAAUUUACAUUCACAAUUUAUAAUUGUAAUAUACAGACUCGAGACAACAUUAUAAUGAACUAUCCUCCUAAUUCUAUAAAUAAAUUCUCAUUUUCAAAAUGUUCGUAUGGCAGCUACAAGGAAUAACGUUCAAAUGAUCCCUUUCCACGCGCUUCGCCCAGAGAACAUCGUUCGCUUCUAACAAUUUCUAAGGAAAAUUUUAUAGCUUCUAAUGAACGAAAUCGGAUCAGGAUGGCGAGGUAGCUUCUUCUAUAAAGAAAAACUGUGUUAUUAAGUAGUGUAGCCACAGUUUUACGUAGCGCGAUUGUGUGAACAUCCACAACACUGCUUUUUUAUCUUAUCUACCAGGUUCAAAUCGUGGCAGAGCUUACAGCAAAGUUGACUAUUUUCGUAAUAAAAGCUAGGUGCAGAGGAAAAAAAAGCUAUAUCAACUUGUAACUUCAAAACUAUGCUAGCUUUGAUAACGUCCUUGUAGAAGAUUCUUGUAGCUGUCAUACUUGGGAUUUUACACCACAUGUUAUACUAUACGCAGCAAAUUGUAUCACUUAUACUAAUAUACAUCUACUGCUUCAGCAUUUUAUGCAAAAUUAUUGUAAUCCAAUGCGUAUGUAUAGAAUUGACUGUUAAACUGUAACGCCAAAACAAUAAUUAUUGUUUAUUAUAUUUAUUGCAUUAAAAGUAUUACCAAAA